GUUGUCGAGAAAAAAUAAGCUUAUAUAUACUUAGUUUUAAGCAAGGGCACAGAUACCCUACAUAAAGAAAAAAGAGAGAAGAAAAAUGGCCACACUAUGAAAAGACAAGAAGGUCACAUUAGUUUGAGCAGUCGAAGAAAGAGCGGCGAGAAAAGACGAAGCGAAAUAAAACGCAACCAACGUCUAAGUACCUAUGAAGAUAAGCGAUUGUGUUUUAUCCGCAAUUCUCACGUUCCUGGACUCAACAUCUUUUAUUUCGCUUCUUGGAAGCCAAUGACGCUAGAGUUCUUGGAGUUUGUAUGAAGACGGGCAGAGACUCGUGGUGCAAGCACUGAAGUAUACUGGACAUUGGAGAAGCGACGAAACCCACAAGGAGACGGUCAUCUCGCUCGUGGGUGGAUAAUAAACAUUGCAGAACACGGAGGCCAACGUGGGUGCGCACGUCAGGCAGCUGAAAAAAGCGCACAUUUAUAUGUACAUAUGUAUGCGAGAUCGUGCACAUACUGCCAUCUCGCUCUAACCAACGAAGUUCUUGCGGGCCAGCAACUAGAGGCUUGAGUGCGCAGUUGGCUGAUGAAAUCGAGUGAAAAUUUCUGGAUUGUGGUUUGUUUGGUAAGUGCCAAUUUGAUUGUUGUUUUGGGGAAAGGUUAGUCUGCGGGUGAUGAUUACCAGAGCAAUGAGCAAAUUAAGGGCAACGGAUGAAAUGGACGAGGACAACGUUGAGAUGGGAAAAGUGGAAAGAGAAUCCGCGCAAGGCGAAGCCUCAAAUAUGGAGGGGGCCGGGCCCGGCACAUCAAAAGAAGCCCAAUCACAUGGCGUUGUUAACGUUAUGAUGGAGAUGUGGCGCCAAAUGCAAGAAGGUCAGCGGGCCAAUGCAAUGCAAAUGCAGCAGUUCCAAAUGGAAGUUCUGCGGAUGAAUCAAAUUCAAAUGGAAAAAACUAAUAUACUUCUGCGAUCCCUUGGUAUUAAUGGAAGGACAACUGGCGAGCCAGGACCACAAUCAACCACGGCUGAGCCCUCAGUGAUAUCAGACGCAGUCUCAUCACCAAGGCAACCGGUUCCUUCUCAGGAAACGCAAAGAAAAUUGUACGAUCUACCGGAGUUUAAUGGUGCUCCCGAAGAGUGGCCAAUGUUCAACGAAGCUUUCACUAUGACCACUGCAGAGUACGGAUACAGUGACAGGCAAAAUUUGUUACGCCUCCAAAAGGCAAUAAAGGGCAAGGCUAGGGUGACCGUUGAAUGUUUGCUUAUUCACAGUUCUAACGUUUCAAAUAUUUUAGAGACCCUUAAACAAAAUUUUGGUAGACCGGAGAAACUCGUAAAAAGCCAGAUUAGUCGCGUUAGAGAAUUUCCGAGCAUUCGCGAAGGGAGAUUGGAACAAUUAGUAGAGUUCAAAAUGAAGGUACAAAACUUGGCUUCAUUCUUAGAAGCAGCUAACGCACAUCAGCAGUUAAAAAACCCAACAUUAAUGGAGGAGUUAAUCUUAAAGUUGCCAGUGCAACAGAGACUGGAGUGGGCACGCCAUUCCAAGCAACUAGGAGAUGAAAAAUCGAUCAGUCAUUUAAUUCUAUGGAUUCAGGGAUUGGCCGAAGAAGUGCAAGACGCAGGAUUGGUUGACGAUCAGGCGACGUUCAAGCCAAAGAAGGAAAAGUCGAGACUAUUCCAUGCAAACGACAUCGGACUUGUAACCAUGAAGGCGUGCUCCGCAUGCAAUGGGAAACACGACUUGGAAAACUGUAACUCAUUUGCCCAGUUAGAACUUGAAAAAAAAUGGCAGCAUGUAAGGGAAAGAAAAUUAUGCUUCAAUUGCCUAAAGUACGGCCAUCGUAGUCAAAAAUGUAGACGACAUCACCAAUGUGGACUUGAUGGAUGUGCCAAACGCAUUCACCGUUUGCUCCAUGCAGAAUCAGUUAAUCAACCAGGCGAGGAAGUAAAGUUCACAGGAACAGCAACGCAUGAGGCUAGCUCAAUGAUUUUGUUUAAGAUAUUGCCUGUUAAUCUUCAUGCUAAAAAUAAAAUAGUGAGGUGCCACGCCUUUUUGGAUGAAGGUUCUGCAGUAACCCUUAUAAAUGAAAGCCUGGCAGACGAGUUAGGAUUACAUGGGCCCAAAGAAAGUCUGACAUUGCAAUGGUUUGGAGAAAAGACAUCAACGGAAUUGGUCAGCCGAUUUAAUAUUGGAAUAUCUGAUGAACGUGGAGGCAAGGUCUAUGCACUAAACGGAGUAAGGACUAUUAAGGAUUUACGGCUGCCGAAGCAAUCCGUAAACAUGUCUGAGCUAAGUUCGCAAUACCCACACAUAAAGAGUAUUCCUGUGAAAGGCUAUAGAAAUGCUAGACCUGAAAGACUAAUCGGACUAGAUAACCUACAUUUGAUAGCUCCAAAGCAAAUGAGAUCUAUGGGAUACGUUGGGCCAGCCAUUGCAUUAACCAAUCUGGGAUGGGUUGCGUAUGGAAAAUGUCGCGGAGAAUCAGGACCCAUGAGUAAUGUAAAGGCCGUACAUCUGGUUAAACACAAUGACGAGCACAUUAAACAGUUGGUGCGAGACUACAUCACGAAUUCGGAAAUGGAUGUGCGGAUUGUGAAGAACCACGUAGAAGGUCGAGAAACUGAGAGAUCGAACCGAUUGCUAUCAACCAGGACAAAACCUAUUGGUGACCGUUUUGAAACGGGACUACUAUGGAAAGUGGAUGACGUCGUCUUGCCUGACAGCAAGAAAAUUGCAAUAAAGAGACAAUUGUCUUUGGAAAGAAAAUUUAUACAUGAUCCAGAGUACUACAGAAAAUACGAAGAAAAGUCAUACAUUCGGCAUAUCACAAGCAAUGAACUGGAAGUGGACAAGAAAAAAGAAUGGUUCCUGCCUCAUUUUGGGGUCUUAAAUCCUAACAAGCCCGGCAAGUUGAGAAUUGUUUUCGACGCGGCUGCAGAAGUCGAUGGAGUGUCGUUAAACUCCAUGCUCAUGACUGGCCCCGACGGGUAUCAAUCCUUAACGGACAUUCUUAUGAGGUUCAGACAGAAACCGAUUGAAGUCUGUGCUGACAUAGCAGAAAUGUUCCACCAAGUCAUAAUACGAAAGGAGGAUCGAUGUGCCCAACGCAUACUAUGGAGGAAGAAUCCAGGCGACGAGAUGAAGGAGUAUGAAAUGCAGGUCAUGACCUUUGGAGCCAAAUGUUCACCGGUCUCUGCUCAAUAUGUGAAAAAUAGAAACGCACUUGAAUUUAAGGAAUCGUAUCCAGAUGCGGUGAAUGCCAUUAUUAAAAACCAUUAUGUGGACGAUUUGGUGCAUUGUUUUUCAUCCGAAGAAUCGGCUGUGAGAGUCGUGAAGGAGAUAGUUCACAUUCACAAAAAGGGAGGCUUCGAACUGAGAAAGUUUGUGUCCAAUUCGAAAUUCUUCAACAAGGUUUUUGGUAACGAACAAGUAGCUGAACCCAUAACUCUUGAUAGGGAUGAAUCUUCGCAUUAUCAAAAGGUCCUGGGAAUGUACUGGUGUACACGCAGCGACGAAUUCGGGUUCUCACUUUCGUUUAACAAAAUUGACGCAUCAAUCUUUUCAGAAUCAAGAAUACCGUCUAAGCGAGAAGUAUUGCGAGUGGUUAUGUCUGUGUUUGACCCAUUUGGAAUUCUAGCCGAAUAUUCCCUGAUGGCUAAACUGCUUCUGCAGUCAAUAUGGCAAAGGCGAACAGAGUGGGACCUUUUAGGUUCUCCCAAUUCUAGCCAGACACCACAUCCACAAGAGGAGAAGUACCAGCCAACUCGAAAGGAAUGGCGCAUCGCUCAGCAGAUCUCACGCUCAUUUUGGAACAAGUGGCUCAAUGAGUACCUACCAGACCUAUGCAGACGGACAAAGUGGCAUCACCCAGUGCCACCACUCGCUGAAAUGGACAUUGUUCUUAUCUGUGAUAAGAACCUUCAUCGAUCUCAAUGGAAAAAGGGAGUUGUUCUAGCAGUCACGCCUGGACGCGACGGACAGGUUCGCUCAGCCACUGUAAAGACGACGGCUGGAGCUCUACACCGCCCAACCUGUAUGCUGGCAAAGCUAGACAUAUUGUGAAUCACGAGCGUGCUUGAUUCACGGUGGUGGGGAUGUUGUCGUUUUAAGUUUUAAGCAAGGGCACAGAUACCCUACAUAAAGAAAAAAGAGAGAAGAAAAAUGGCCACACUAUGAAAAGACAAGAAGGUCACAUUAGUUUGAGCAGUCGAAGAAAGAGCGGGGAGAAAAGACGAAGCG